AUGCGGAUUAACGUGGAUGGGAGCUACAGACCUGAUUUUGGUGAUGGUGGAAUUGGGGUUGUUAUUCAGGAUGAGCACGGUAUGUGUCAAGCAGCUAUGGCGCGUUAUUUUCCUCAUGUUCUCUCUGUUUUUCAUAUGGAGGCAGAGGCAUGUAGGGCUGGCCUCCUUUUGGCAAUCCACCAAGGGUGGGAGGAUUUAGAACUUGAAAGUGAUUGCUCACUGAUGGUUGUUGCGUUGAACACGAAUGUGGAGGACCGAUCUGAAGUUGGGCGUAUUAUCGAUGAUUGUAAGUCAUAUUUGACAUCUUUUCACUCAACUCAGAUUUGUCAUGUCUUCCGUGAAGCAAACGGUGCAGCUCGUAGAUUAGCUCACCUUGCUAGUUUAAAUUAUCUUAAUGAUGUAUGGCUAGAGGAGAGUCCUGCUAUUAUUCAGAAUGUACUCUAUGAGGACAAUUGUAACUAUAAUCGAGGUCAAGGCCCUAUGUCCCCCUCGAGGUAUGAUUCUAUUUUAAUGCAAUAA